AUGGACUCGGCGCCGCCAGCCGCCGGCGCCGGCUACCCGGAGUCGACCGACUCGUCCCCGCGCAGCCGCGGCGGGGACUCGUGGGACGAGCCCUUCCCGUCCUCGGCCGCCGCGGCGGCCGCGGGCGGCGGGGGCGGGCGGCUGCGCCUCAUGUGCAGCUUCGGGGGCCGCAUCGUGCCGCGGCCCACGGACAAGUCCCUCUGCUACCUCGGCGGGGAGACCCGGAUCGUGGCCGUCGACCGCAACGCCUCCCUCGCCGACGUCCACGGCCGCCUCUCCCGCUCCCUCCUCGCCGGCCAGCCCUUCACGCUCAAGUACCAGCUCCCCAACGAGGACCUCGACUCGCUCAUCUCCGUCUCCACCGACGAGGACCUCGACAACCUCGUCGACGAGUACGACCGCGUCGCCGCCACCUCCUCCUCCGGCGGCGCCUCCUCCCGCACCUCCCGGAUCCGCCUCUUCCUCUUCCCCGCCAAGCCCGAGUCCUCCUCCUCCCUCGGCUCCCUCCUCGACGACUCAUCCAAGUCCGAGAACUGGUUCGUCGACGCGCUCAACAGCGCCAUCUCCGGCUCCUUCGACGGCAUCCCGCGCGGGAUCUCCACCGACUCCGCCUCCGUCAACUGCCUCCUCGGCCUCGAGGACGACAACGCCUCGCAGCACUCCCGCAGCGGGGUGCCCAACUCCGGCCCGGCCGAGGACCAGCGGGUCAACCAGCAGAAGCUCGCCGCCGCGGCCGCCGCCGCGAGGCACCAGCACGACGUGCAGUCCGUGCCCGACUCGCCGAUGCUGGACAAGAACUCCUCCUUCGGCUCCACCUCCUCGGCGCCGUCCCUGUCGAAUCUGCCGCCGAUUCGGGUCCGGCCCGAGGACCGGCAGCCUGUGGCGCCGCCGGUCUCUGUAGAGGAUCACUUUGCCCAGAUGGGGAUCUCGGAGCAGCAGGGCCUGCCUCCACCGGUGAUGGGAUAUAUGCAACCGCCGCCGCAGGUGCCGAUCCCCGCCAUGGCGAUGCAAGCGGCCAGCAGCAUCUCGCCAUCGGAGCCGCCCAGCAGGGCCUUCUCUGAUGAUGACAGGUCCGAUCACGGGGGUCGGAUGCAGCAGCCACCAAAGCAGGAGGUUCCACCUACCGCCGACCCCAACAACAGGGCCAUGUUCUACAAUGAUAUGUCGCCUCGGAAUGAGAUGAAGCGAGACAUGCCGGUGGGAACUGAUGCCGCCAGCUAUCGCGCUCCAGCGCCAGCUCCGGAUGCUGCCGCAUCGGCAGCCGCUGCACAGCCACCGCCUGGUUAUGUCUAUGCGCAGAUGCAGCCACAACAGCAGUUACAGCAGCCACCUCAGCAGCAAUUACAGCAGCAGCAGCAAUUACAGCAGCAGCAGCAGUUACAACAGCAAGCUCAGCAGCAAUUGCCACAACAAAUACAGCAGCAGCCACAGCAGCAAUUGCCGCCGCAAUUACAGCAGCAAGCACAGCAGCAGCCUCCGCAGCCGCAGCAAGCACACCAGCCAGCUCCACAGCAAUAUGUCACCGCUGGAAAUCAGCAUUUCAUUCACAACCCAGCCACGGGCACAUUCAUUCCAAUCCAAUCUUAUUACCAACAGACUGUCCCUCAGCAAGCGCCGCAGCAACAGCAGUCGCCUGCAUUUGACCCAAAUACUGGCAUGUAUUACAUCCCUAUGCAGCGUCCAAAUGCACCUCAGCAGUAUACCAUUCCUGCUGGUGCGGUAGCCCCUAUGGCUGCUCCGACACUUGUUGACAGCGUACCGAAGCCAACCGUGCCGAUUCCUCAGCAAUAUAUGAAGCCUGAAUUGCAGCAACCUGGCAUGUACCGAACCGCGGCACCUGCUGCCGCUGCUCCAGGGCCUAACACGACCCCUAAUUAUGCUGGAAUGGGGUACCACCAUGUAAUGCAAUCCCACCACCAUCCUGCAUCGCAGCCUCCGCCGACCAUGGCGGGAAACUAUGGGUACCCCGAGUAUGCUGCUGAUCCCCGCGCACAGGUCUUCUACUCCCAGGCAGGAGCACCACCAGCAUCAUUGCCACCUCAGUAUCAGCAGCCCAUGGGAGCACCUGAUGCCGGCGGUCAGGCUGACAUGAAUCAGAACCGUGGUGGUUCAUAG